GCUUACGGAAUCGUGUCGUUCCUCUUUGUCGUUGCCUCCAUUGCCGGGUUCUGUCUGGAAACCAUUCCGGAGCUGAGGCCCAAGGUGUCCUACAACAUAUCCAGCGCCUCCUGUAACGGCGAGACGAAGACGAUCCAGGUGGUCAUGGCCUCUAACACGGCCCUCAACGUCCUGGACUUUAUCUGCACCGUGUUCUUCACGCUAGAGCUCGUGCUUCGCUUCGUGGUGAGUCCCGAGAAACUGCGCUUUGUCCGGAACCCGAUGAACAUCAUAGACCUUCUGGCUCUGGUCCCUCUCUACGUUCAAGUUAUAUUUGAACAAUCCGAGCUCCAGGCAUGCUACAUCAACGAGCGGUUCGUCAUCGAGAUCAUGUUCAUUCUCCGCAUCUUUCGAAUGUUCCGGAUCUUCCAUCUGGUGAAGCACUACCAGGCCCUGAAAGUUCUUGUCUACGCGCUGAUGGCCAGUCUCCAGGAACUGCUCAUGCUUUUCAUCUUCCUCCUCAUCGGAAUGCUCAUCUUCUCCACCAUGAUUUACUACGCCGAGAGAAACGACAGCGCCAGACCUGACUCUGAGUUCAAUACGAUUCCCAUAGGGUUCUGGUGGGCUAUCAUCACCAUGACGACGGUGGGCUAUGGAGACGUGACGCCCUCCACGCCGGUGGGUUACAUUGUGGGCUCCGCUUGUUCCAUCUGUGGCGUCCUGCUGCUGGCUCUCACCAUCCCCGUCAUCUCCAACAACUUUACCUUGUUCUACGAGCACGUCCGCUCUCGCUCCACCUCUCCUCGGAAAAAGGAGGAGGUGGAGGAGGAGGGCGAGGAGGAGGUUGCGGGGGACGGGAGCGAGGCGAGUCGGGAUCAUCCCACUGACUACGGCGCUCUCAAAAUGCACAACUUGUCCACGUCCUCGGGCGCUGCCGCUAACGGCUUCUCUAGCACCGUCAUGAACGGUCGCGCCAAAAUCAAGGACGCGCAGGGAGAGGCACCCAGCAUAAAACCGAAAUACUACGUGCCCAUAGCCAAGUUCAGUGACACGUCAUCAAUGACGGACAUCAUCUUCCAGGAACCCACCGAUGACCUCAUUGCCAUCAAAGCAGCCACACCUAAGAUACAUAGGGAAAGACUCCGGUUCAAAGAUUUUGAUUCGUCCCCAGAGAGCAGUCCUCAAAACUUAUAAAGACGGAAAA